GAAAACUCUGGUGGGGACUAUGUGUGAUAUGCAUAUUACUGGGCUAUACUGUCUUUCUACUUGAGAAUCUCUCCUCACCUACCUGCAUUCCGAGUGGAACAAAGGGAUUCACACUUGACCCUUAAAGUUUCAAUCACUUUGGUGUUGUUUUUACUGUACGAGGUGGCGAUAGUCUCACUCCCAACCUUUUGCUCUCUACCGGGCUGACUACUGGAUAGGCGAUGAUUAGGAGUGCUUCGUGAUUGAAACUUUAAGGGUCAAGUGUGAAUCCCUUUGUUCCACUCGGAAUGCAGGUAGGUGAGGAGAGAUUCUCAAGUAGAAAGACAGUAUAGCCCAGUAAUAUGCAUAUCACACAUAGUCCCCACCAGAGUUUUCACAUUUUAUCCCAAAGAAACAAUAAUGUGGUUGUCAUAAUAAUAAAUAACAAUAAUGUCUGCCUUACGUUUUAGUAAAACAAGACACUGUCUAAUUCAAUUUCUUUUUUUUUUCUCUCUCUUUUUUUUAUAUAGUUUACAUGAAAAUAAAGCUAAAGGUACUUUAAGUAUAUUUAAACGUGAACGAUGCAUUGAAACCUCAUCAUGCACACUAGAUGAAUAUGACAAUAAAGUAAGUGAUUCGUCAUCACAACAACAAACUCUUCCAAAUCAAUCAAGUUGUUAUACUGACAAGUCUACAUUAUUCACCAUAGCUAAACACGACGACAGUAAUAAUAUUAAUAAUGAAGGAGUUGAAUUACAUCAGAAGAUGGAUAUAUCAGCUGGAGUUGAUUAUUGUUAUUAUCCUAGUAAUUCAAUUAAUAAGCAUAAUAGUGAUGAUGGUGGAGCAAAGAAUCCUGAUAAUGAUGAUAAGGCAGUGCUACUACAGAAUACAAUAAAAUCAAUAUCUGGUAAUGGGAAACAGUUGACCAAUUCAGUUGUUAAUGUGACUAAUUGUGAUAAUGAAAUUGGUGAGAAUACGUCAUCUUUAUCAUCAUCGUCGUCGUCGUCAACCGCAACAUUUGAAGGUCAACAACCACCGCCACCUCCAGAACAACAACAGCAACAGCAACAACAACCGAAACAACAAAAGGAACAACAUUCUAUGCCACUUAUAACAAUUGCUUAGAUUGAAUUCAAUGGAAUCAAUGCUAUUUUUGUUUGUUUGAGUGGAUUCCUGAAUAGAUCUUAGUUUUGUACAUAGAUAUAUCUUUGUGUGUGUGUGUGUGUUUACUUAUUCUGUUGCCUUUGUUAAACACAUUUGGCCGUUGAACAUUGACUUCUUAAUAAAUUCAUCGGUUAGCUCUGUGGAUUCAUCGCAAUCUGAUCACACACACAUACACACACACACAGGUGUCUUGUUCACCUGCUCACUUGACUGAUUACAGAGUAAUCGGCAUAACUACUCCAUUUAAUAUACUUGAGCGAAUUACUAUUGAAUUACUAUUAUUUUAUCUCCGUCAUUUUUGUUCUGUUUCGUUGCACUAAAAUCUCCUUGUUGUUCCUCUUGACAUGUGUGCACUAAGUGAAUUUCUUAAUAAAUGAAUACUACUACUGGUGUGUAAUUCCGAGAAAUGUACUCACAUCUCGUGAAAAAUUGUUAUAUUCUGUUCUGUUCUGUUCUGCUUUUUCCUCCUAAUUUUAUCGAAAAGCGACAACAGUAACAAGAACAACAACAACAACAACAACCCAUUUCAAUUAAUAAUUACCCCAAAUAAUUUCUUACAUUUUCUUAAUCUUAAUCUCUCCAGUUUGCUAGUUUCCUUGUUCCGCUUUUCUCUGUACACCACUUUCGGUUGACUCUUUGAAUUCCAUGUCAUUUCACACACAAGUGUUAGUGUGUGUGUGUGUGUGUGUGUGUGGGUGCUUCUCCAAAUUCAUGCAUAGAACUUAAACCAUCAAACUGUCUUGAGCGUUAUAUACAUGCAUACAUCACUAUUUUUGGAAUCCAAGUUUAAACUUAUUUUAUCUGUUUGCAUACACAUUGAUAGUUGAAAGCAAAGGCGGUUGGGGAUAGGUGGCGAAAUUAACUAACAUCACAUGUAAAUUUCAUUGUUUCUGUUUCUUUUCUCCUAGUUUUUCCUCCAUUGGCUUACACAAUAUUCACUUUCAUUUUGUACUCAAAAUUUGAUGAGUUUCAUCGAUUGUUGUUUUAUUUUUCUAUUAAGUAGCACUUGUAACGCCAAAAGUGACCGAAUAGUAAUAAAAUAUUCUCUAAUGACACUAUCAUUAUCACUACUAUAAAUACAUCAAUAUUUCCAUG